AUGCUGUCGACUGCGACGCUGCAGCACAACUUGGCGGUGCUGCAGACGCAGCUCGAGACGCUGCAGCGCGAGAACAGUGCGCUGACGCGCGACCUGUGCCUCAAGGAGAACUACAUUGAGCUCAAGGACCAGCAGUUCCGCGUGAUGCAGCGGCGCCUGGAGGAGCUCGAGGGGACACUCGCGCAGUGGAAGGACCGGUGGCUGCAGCAGGUGAACGCCCAGCAGGCCACAACGAGCCACAGCAGCAGCAGCAGCAGUCGUGGAGAGUGCGAGAGUGGCUGGACGCCGUGGCCCUGCAAAGCCGGCGUCGCAGGUCGCGCCAAGGCGCUCGCGCAGGCCACCGCCAAGCUCGCGAACGUGUCGGAGACGGACCGCAGUAAAGUUCAGCCCCUGUUGACGAUGAUGGAGCGGGAAGGCGAUGGCGCGGGGGCCGUGGACGACGACGUCGUGUUUGUCGACGUGUCCGAGGAGCUCAGUCGCAUCUUGUUGCUGUAUCUACUGCCCGCGCUACUGGACGUGGUGGGCGGCCGAGCACAGACGCUGCAGUGCUUCAGUCGCACGUAUGCGAAACAGACAAUGGACUUUCGAGUGCGUGUCGACCGGACCGCGGACACGGCAUCGACGGCUAAAGGAGGCCACGGCGAGCCACGGGACGCAGCUACUACGAGGGACAGACUGUUGCUGCCGCCAGGACCGUCUGCUCUCGGUGACCCUUCGACUGCGUUGAGGGAGGACCAGUUCUUGGCUCGAGGAGCACAGCCAGCAUCGGAGAGCGAGAAAGAUGAGGCACCGCAUCUGUUCGACUGCGUAGAGCUGGAUCGGCGUGGUGCUGUACACGCUUCCACCCCUCACGGCUCCCGUGAACUGCAUGCGACAAAGGCUAUGUUCACCUCGCGACCUCUGAGCGGGUCGGCUGCAGCGCGAGCCGCCAUGUCGCCUCCACUCGAUAGAGGGGGAGAGAAGUCGCUGGACAAGACGUCGCGGCAGUACACGUUGACGCCGAAAUGCACAGGCACAACGUUUGCGGUGGACAGUGCACGUACGAACACGAUGAUGACGACUGUGGGCGCGCUACCGUCACCAUCACAGUCUGUAUCGUCGGUGGGUGGGUUUCGUCUGGGCUCUAACGGCGAUGCAAUGCCGACGCCUCCACGCGAAAGCAAGGACGGCAAAAUCAAGAAGAUUGUGGGGAGCGUGUUUGGCCGCCUCAGCCGCCACAAGUCGCAGCAGUCGCUCACGACAAAGUCUCUACUGUAUGCGUCACCAGUGCCCAUGAGAGUAUCAGUUGGGGCAAUCGAUGUUGCUGAUGACGAUGACGAGUCGAUUUGCGAUGGCUGCGGACGUGGGCCACUCCUAGGUGUCAAGUGGGUGUGCCGCACGUGCCGUCUGCUAGCUGAUGCAGAGUAUGAGAUAUGCGAAAAGUGCUACGGUCAAGGCGUCCAUGGUGAAGAGCACGAUGAUGCGCUGUUCACUCGUGUCGAGUCCAUUGUAGUCCGCAAGUGUCCCCAGCUGGCGGGCGAGACAGAACUGCUCCGUUUGUUGCGAACCGGCAUUUGCAAAGCUAACCUCAAGAAAUUCAGCUUCUGCCUUACGUGGAUCGCGGACUUGCUGCAAUGUAAGCGCACGACGGAUCUGCGAGCACGGGCACUGGAGAUCGCGCAUAUCCCUCCCACUGUUCGUAGCGAAUUCGCUAGACUACUGCGCGAGCUUCUAGCGCAGUAUCGACCCAACAUUGAACUGAAGACGGAAUGGGAGCCAGCUGCUGGUUCCCAGCAUGGUGCUGUCGGUCCUGGAACUCCUGCAAUGCGAUGCGAAGGCGUGUCGAGCGAGCUUGAUACGCUACGAAUAUGGGUGAAAGACGCGCCUCUGCCUGUUACAGCGUCGCUUGGAGCCACAUACGUCGGGACACCCUCUCAUGGCUAG